AUGUUAAUUGUUUGUAAAUAUGCUAUUAAAGUAAGUGGCAUUUUUGUACCACAAAUAUCACAAACAAUUCCUCGUUCGAAUAUACCUGGUGUAUUUCAAAAUGAAAAAUUUCUUAAUAAUUUGGACGGCAGACUUGACAAAAUGACUGUUGCAUUGGAGAAAGUCAUGAAAAUAGAUUUGAAAGAAAAUCAUUACGACGAACAUUUGGAAGGUGUCGAAUUGAGAGAAAUUGAAUACUUUUUGGCAAAGUUCGAUAAAUAUCGUACAUUGGGUAAUUUAUAUCGAACAAUAUCGUCUGAUGGUAUCGUUCGCUGGGUAUGUGUUAAACAUUAUCGACAACUUUAUAAUGAUAAAAAAUUGAAAAGCCUUCGCAGAGAAUUUCGUAGUCUAGGCGGAAGUAUGUGCCUUGAUACAGCAACAAUUGUUAAGAAAGAUGAAAAGAAUAUUGAUCAAUUAUUCGAUGUCAUUGGUCGAGGUUUGAAUUUAUUUAGAUUGAAAUUGAUUAAAUGUUACUUAAGUAAAAUCUCAUUUGACUAUUUACUUACAAUUGUUAACGAUUAG